AUGGGAUGCGAAAUCAGCGAUGACUACACCCAGGGGCACACAGGUACCGCUACAUGCGCGGGUUCACUCGAGGAGUCGAGUCCUGAGUUUUUAGGUGCUGCUGUUCACACUCGCAGGCAGUUCUGGCCACAAGGGAGGUGGAGAGCCGCUGAAGAGCACCCGCCGCGGGGCUCCAAAUCACACGCAGCCCACGCCAGGAUGAGCGCGCUAGCCCCCCACUCUCCCUCUCACCCGUCGGAGCAAGAGGGACAAGUGAGGCGGGAGGUGCAUGCGGCCAAUGAGGCCUCUUCGCUUACUGUGGCGGUCGAGCUGUGCCUUACCUAA